AUGAAUGUGUGGUCAUGUAAUUAUGUAUGCAGCCAGAUAAUAUCGAAAUACUGCAAAGCUGAAGAGAAACUACUGAAUGUUGGACUUUUAGAUUUACUUAAAACAAGUCAUUGUGAACCUGAACCGUACGAUAUGGAUCUGGGAUCUAGAUUAACGAAGAUAAUCAUAGCAGUAUCUGAUAACUUGGUGAUGUCGAAAACACUAAAUACUGUUCAAAAUCUGCUAGUCGUUGAUGGUAAAUUCAGUGGACAGUAUAAUUGCUCAAGACUAAUUAUUUCUGCACAAUCGUAUAUGGCUGAAAGAUUCCUUGUAAAAUGCAAAUUGAUGCUAAUCAAGAAAGAGGAUAUAGAUGUGGAAAGUCAGUGUUUUGCUGCUGAAGAAUUUAAAAAUGGCAGUAAGCUUAGUAGGCCGUCGAUGCAUUCCAUCAACAGAAGAGCCCAAAACAAUAACUACGACGGCAUUACUGCAUCUGGUUUGUCUUUCUUCCCUACAAAUGUUUUACACGAUGAUUGGUUUCUAUAUAUUGCAGUGGAUCAAGUAUGA